CGCAGUUGAAAAAUAAUUUUAAAAAAUUAACGGUUAAAAAAUAUUUGAAAAUUAUGAUCUAUGAAAUUUGAACUUCAUAAGUGAUAGACAGACAAAGUGCAUUAGCGACUAUGAAAUUUUAAAAAGUGUGCUAAAAAAGUAGCAAUAAGAAGAAGUGAACCUAGCAGUGAUAAGAACAAAAGCCAAAAACUAUAGACAGUCAAAAGACAGUAAAAGAAACAAGAAUCAAUAAAUCAUUCCUGUUGUAAAACAAAAAAGACAGAAUUUUUUUGGAAAAACAAUUUAGAAACUGCCAUAAUUCUUUAACUGUGUAAAAAAUAAGAAGCAUAAAGAAUGAAGCGUAAAAUGCUUUAGCUAAAAUUGAUAAAACAAGAUUAUUAGUUAUCGACAAUGAACUUUCUACACAUGUUUUUAAUUCACAAGGGUGGGAGGAGGGCGACGAAAUAUCAAAAGAUAUUUUGGGUUUAAACAACAUCAUUGAGCAAACAGUCGAUAAUGGUAAUAACUACGACAUUAUAACUGAUAAUGUGAUAAAAGCAGCAGCGGAAAUUUUCCUAAAUGACUCGAAAGAUUUAAACUACACUAAUGGCAAUAUCAAAUUGCUAUUGCCAUUCAAUAACAAUAGCGACUUUUUAACGGACCAAAAUAGCACCUACAACUAUGAACUCAAAAUUCCGGAAUAUAUUACACUCACUUCUAUGAUUUUCUGUAUCUUGAUUAUGUGCCUCGGAUUGAUUGGAAAUAUAAUGGUUCCCAUUGUCAUUUUAAAGACGAAAGAUAUGCGAAAUUCAACAAAUAUUUUCUUGAUAAACCUCAGUAUUGCCGAUUUACUUGUACUUCUUAUUUGCACACCGACAGUACUAGUUGAAGUCAAUUCAGCUCCCGAAGUUUGGAUGCUGGGCGAAGAAAUGUGUAAGCUAGUUCCAUUCAUUGAACUAGUUGUAGCACACGCUUCAAUUUUGACAAUUUUAGCAAUUUCUUUCGAACGAUAUUAUGCUAUAUGUGAGCCAUUAAAAGCUGGAUAUGUUUGUACAAAAACGAGAGCUCUAUCAAUAUGUAUACUGUGCUGGAUAGUUGCCGGGAUGUUUACAAGCCCUAUAUUGGAUAUUGCGAGCUAUCAAAUCGAGGAAUAUUACGACGGUAGUAAAGUGCCGGUGUGCUUAACUAACGUUGAUACAUUCUGGCCAUCAUUAUUUUUCCUAGGCAGCAUUUCCAUAUUCUUCUUUAUACCUCUAUUCAUACUGAUAGUAUUAUACUCGGUUAUAGCAAAGCAUUUAAUGGCUAAUCCCAGUUUAAUAUCAACACAUAGUAGCAGAAGUAAUUUUAUAAAAUAUCGUAAGCAAGUGAUUUUAAUGCUUGCGGCGGUAGUUGUAUCCUUUUUCACAUGUUUACUUCCAUUUCGAGCGUUUACACUUUGGAUUAUAUUGAUUCCAUCUGAGACAUUAGCGAGGUUUUUAUCGAGUCAAAAAAAUAUGGAAAUUUAUUAUUCCCUUUUAUACUUCUGUCGCUGUAUGUGGUAUCUAAAUUCGGCAAUGAAUCCAAUACUAUACAAUCUAAUGUCAUCUAAAUUCCGAGAUGGUUUUAUUAAGUUACUUAAAUGUAAGCCACUCAUAAGAGCAACAAGUUGGUCAGACAGAAAAAAAGGAACGUUCCAUACGACAUCAACAAAUCUGAGUUCGUCACAUAAUAAUAAUAUAGAGAAUCGACUAAAGGAGACAACAAAUAUUGAAGUCAAAAAUCAAUUAAAUGAAUGUGAGAAUGUCAAUAAAUUAGUAACAAUAACAAUUUCAUCUGUUAACGACAACAAUUUAUCUCGUCAAAAAAUUCAAUACAAUUUUAUUAAAAGAAAACGAAAUGAUCGAAAUGAAAUUCAUUAUGCUCCGUCAUCGGAGUGUGAACGAAUAUUAAAGGAAAACUCAUCAGACAUCAAUGAUAAUGAUAAAUUUUUGAAUUUAUCGUCGACACCCAAAGAAAGUCUUGUGUAAAGGAAGAAGAAAAGUUGGUGUGAUAAAAAAAUUGUUUGCGAAUUGCUUUUGAUGGAUGGCUGAGGUGCUGUUUUUAUGAACAUUUCAACUAUUUUCUGAAAUUCAAUUUUUUGAAAUUUGAACUGGAAUGAGUUGAACUUUUGAACAACCUUUUGGAAUAAUUGAACUGAAAUGAAACGAACUUUUUUGAGUUUCUGAGCAUAAAAAUCAAUGUUUUGAACUAAAACCAGACGAAGCGUCUGGUUUUCUGAACAAAUUUUUGAACUGA